AUUAAUCCAACCCCAUCUUGAAAUAUAACGUUGGAUCCACCUUCCUGAAUCAGAACUCAGAAGCCACAGAAAAAUAAUGAGAAGUCAACUGUCCUUCAGCGACGAGGAUCAAAGCGAGCUGCUCAAAACCGCCGCAUGGUGGUGGAGGACGCUCCCGGAGUUCGACGAGAACGGGCGGUUCAAGGAGGACAUCUCCUCCGGCGGCCUCUCCCCGCGGCUCAAACUCCUCAGAGAAAUGCAGAGGCUGGCCUUUAUAUCCAUGGAAGGACUAGACCUCCUCCGCCACAAGCUCACGUCUUACCAAGCCGGAGAUUUGUGGGUUCCGGUGGGCGGGAUCAAGAAAACAGAUAUGGAUAUACCGGCGGUGAUCACGCUCCUCCUCGUCGGCCUCACCGGCUCCGGCAAAAGCUCCCUCGUUAACUUCAUGUACAGCGUUCUUGGCCGAUCCGGCCUCAUCCCUUUCGCCCAAACUUCAAGCCAACCGACCAAGUUCACGACGAUGUUGUUGGAAGAACACAAUGUUCUGAGAUCAAAGAAGAAUGGGUUUUGCGUGUACGACACCAGGGGAUUGGACUGCCACAGAAUGGACGAAGGAAUGGAGGAUGUUUGGUCAUGGAUGUCGGAUGGUGUUCGACAUAACCAGCCAUGUUGCAGAGGGAGUGAUGAUGAUCGAGAGAUGAUGGAAUAUUCCAUGGCGGGGCGUUGUGCAAAUAAGUAUUGUAAGAGGAGAGUUAACUGUGUUCUGGUAGUGGCUGACAUGGAAGAAGCUUUUAAGGAUUUCAGUUCUGGUGAUUUGAAGCAUGUUGAAGCUAUAAAGAUGAUCUUUCACUCCCCAUCCAUUAGGAGAUCAAAUGAGAAGCCGAUGUUGAUACUGACACAUGGCGACAUUUUAACUGCGGAGGAGAGGGUGGAAACCAGGCUGAAGCUAUGCGAAUCUCUGGGCAUAUCGGAGACGACCGGCGCCUAUGACAUAGCGUGUCUGUCGGAGAGUGGGAUUCCGGCGGAAGAAGGCGAUCCGGUGUCGGCAUUUGCGUUGACAGAAGCGGUUUACAGGUCGCUUUUACAGUCAGAUAGAACUCAUCUUCCGAAGAGGAAGUUUAAAGACUGGGUUUUGGCUUUUGCGUCGUGGGUUUUGUGUUGCUUCAGCUCUUUCUUUGCCAUGCUUGCAAAUUUCUUCUCCAGGUUUGGAGGUAAUAAUAAAAGACAUAGACUCAAGAUUAGUUAGGAGGUUGAA